AUGGGAUCAAAUUGUAAGUCGAAGCCAUUGGGUAAUAAUAUUGAUUACAACAUUUAAUUGUGUACUACAACACAAUUAGAGAAACCAUAAGUGUAACAACAGUAUUCAGAGGAUGAAAUUGUAUAGGAUUCAGUUUCUUCAUGUGAUUAUGAAAAAGAUAGAAGUGAGACAAAAUCAAUGGUUUUACGUUCUCCUGAUGUUUCUUUGAAUUCUCCAACUUAAAAUGAUUCAGUUGUAAUAUCGAGAUUGCAUUUAACAUCAGAUGAUUUUGUAAAAGUUCGGAAUUAGAAUUACUUAGAUUACUAUUCAAAUGAGAGAUUGUUAGGAGUAGGCAGUUAUGGAAAAGUAUAUUUAGUGAGGAAUAAAUAAACAAGUAGAUUUAAGUUGAAUAUAUUAGAUUAAUUGAGAGCGAUGAAAUAACUAAAAAGGAAGUAGAGUCUAGCAUCUAGAUAGUCUUUGAGAGAGAUGGAAAUAUUAGAGAGAUUAGAUCAUCCAUUUAUAGUGAAGGCAUUAGAAGUAUAUUAAGAUGAUUAAAAUUACAAUAUGAUUAUUGAGUAAAUUAAAUUAAGAACAUUAGAUUCAUAUCAGGAAUAGAUUUAUAAGAAGAUAUAUCGAAUGGUAAAUUUACAGAGGAGAAGGCAGCAAAGAUUAUGAAUUAAUUAUUAUUGGCAAUAGGUUAUAUUCAUCAUUAAGGAAUUGUUCAUAGAGAUAUUAAACCAGAGAAUAUUUUAUAUCAAUAUAAUAAUUAAUUUGAAUGGAUCAAACUAAUAGAUUUUGGAAUUUCAACUAAAAUUAAAAAAAAUAAAAAAUUGAGUUCUCAAUUAGGAUCUGUAAGUAUAAUAUAUUUAUUAGAUGUACUUUAUGGCACCAGAAAUAUUUUAGAAAGAUUAUGGAUAGCAAAUUGAUAUAUGGGCAUGUGGUGUGACUUUAUUUUAUAUGAUUCAUAAACGUUAUCCUUUUAUGGGGAAAACAGAUUAAGAUAUGAGGAAUGCAAUUAUUAAUGGUCAUUUUAUUCUGGAUUAAGGUAUUAGUUAGGAAUUAAAGAAUCUUUUGAAUAAAAUGUUAUAGAUUAAUCCAAAUAAGAGAAUUACAGCAUGUUAAGCAUUACAAGAAGAUUGGUUUACUAAAUUUAAUUUAGGAUUUCAAUUAAAUUAAUCAGUAAAUAUAUAUAAAAAUUCUAAUUUAUAGGUUAUACAUAAAUUACUUAAUUAUCGUAGUACUUCUCUUUUUGAAGAAUUGAUAUUUUCAUUAAUAACUUAUUAUGGAUAAAAUUCAGAUGAUUCUGGAUAAGCAAUUUAAACAUUUUUAUGUUUGGAUAGAGAUUAGGAUGGAUUGAUUUCAAAAUAGGAAUUAAAACUAACACUUAAGAAUUACAAUAUAAAUAUUGAAAAUUAAUCUAAACUUAUAGAUAAUCUAUUUUCUAGUCUAAAUAAAUCAUAAGAUGAUACAUUAACCUAUAAAGGUUUUAUAUUUAAAUAAUAAAUAGAAUUUUUAGCUGCUUCUGUUGUAAGUGAUAAAAUACAGACUCGAAAGUGCUAAAAGUUUUGUUUCUAAUUAUUAGAUAUUGAUUAAGAUGGAAAAUUUUCGGAAUCUGACUUUUGUCGUCUUAUGGGAAGAAAAUAAUCAAAUUUAUGGUAUCUAUUGAAUCCAACAGAUAAAUCCUACAUAACAGAAGAAGAAUUUUAUGGAAUGUUCAAAUAAUGA